CAUAUAUUCAAGAUUAAUUUUUGGCACUUUUGCCAAAUAAAAAUGUACCAAGCCCUAACUCUGGGAAACAAAACAUGGCAGUUUCUUUCAUAGUAAAAGCUUCAAUCCAGCUUCAUUGUCGAGCCAUUGUCAUCCCCUGGGUGCAGAAGUUCAGUGCCGUAAGCUGCUCCCGAGGCAGAGAUUAUAGCAUUUCUCCAGUCAGGCACAUUCCCAAGAGAUCUAAUGAAUGCCAAGAGUCAGAAACUGCUUUGCCAAAGAAGCACUUUUUGGACAUAGAAAAACACACUUUCUUAAACGGGAAUAUUCAGGAAACUGAAUUUUCUGUCGGUGGUGGGUCGAAGUAUGGAGAUAUACCUUUUCAUUCCAAGUCUCAAAAUCAUAAACAAAAGCUUAUAACCAGCCUAGAUGAUGAGGUCGAAUUGGGGAAGGAAGAUGAAGUUGAUGAAGAUUUUGUACUUGAACAUGGUAUAGCUGAAACUGAUAAAGCUAGGCAAGAUGCUGAAACAAUCGCAGUUCGAUUACUUGCUUCAAGAGCACUUACGGCUGUAGAGCUGAAGAAGAAACUCCUGGGAAGAAAGUUUACACUCAAUAUUGUUAAUGCUGUAAUAACAGAUUUCCAUACCAGGGGUUUAAUCAAUGACAGUCUGUAUGCUGAAAUGUUUUCUCGGUCCAGAUGGUCUUCCUCAAGUUGGGGUCCGCGACGAAUUAAGCAAGCCUUGAUCAAGAAGGGCGUAAGCGAAGUGGAUGCAGACAAUGCCAUAAAAAUGGUCUUCAAGAAUGACGAAGCUGAUGAGGAGCAAGAAUCAAGAGAAUCAGGGCAUGCUAUAUCAAAACCUUCUCUGGAUCAAUUGUUUGUCCAGUCAUCUAAACAGUGGCUUAAAGGGCAGGGUGUGCCUAGAGAAAAACGUAAAGCAAGGAUUAUUCGUUGGCUUCAGUACCGUGGCUUUGAUUGGAGUGUGGUUAGUUUCAUACUCAAGAAGUUAGAAUCCAGCUAUCCUCAAUAGAGCCCCUUUACUCAGCGAAGGAGAUUAUGAUGAUCUGUUUGAUGUUGCCAUAGCUGGAUGUGGUAGACAAGAGCUACGGUUACUACUGUAAAAUGGCCCUUAGUAGAAGUACAAGAAACUGGAUCGGUUAAUCGGUCUAUUUUUCCCAUCUCAAAAAUAGUUUGAAGUGUUGAGAUCAACACAGAAGGCGCGUUGUGUGAGUAAUAACUUCACCUUGCAGAAUUCAAGAGCCCUGAAGUCUUUGUUGUAUCAGGAAAUGAACAGUUUCACUGGGAGUACUUGUAUAUGUUGUGCCACAUUAACCAGAUUGUAAAAAAGAAUGCUUCCAUUUUCAACUCUAUGUUUUACCCCGGGUUUAGGUCUAGCGGUAAGAGUGCAGUGCGUGAUGUGUGGAUUAGACAUACGUCACAAGUUUAAAUCCUUUCAUAGACAAACUUGAUAUAUAAGUGAAGAAGAGUAGAGGGGUGUGUUCAUUAUCUGUUGAGUUUCUAACUAUGUGCCACCAGUCCUCGGGAUUUCUUGAUUAUCGAAAAAUUUAACUUUA